UGAGGCCCCGCCUCACACCCACCGGCCCCGCCCUCCCGCGCGGACCCCGCCUCCUGGCCCAUCCCAAGAUGGCGGAAAUCCCUCUGUACUUUGUGGACUUGCAUGAUGACUUAGAUGAUUAUGGAUUUGAAGACUAUGGCCCAGAUCGUGACAGCAUGAGGGUAACAGCCUUUCUGGACAUCCCAGGCCAGGAUAACCUGCCUCCACUCGCUCGCCUGGAGAAGUAUGCUUUCAGUGAGAACAUCUUCAACCGUCAGAUUAUUGCCAGAGGGCUGCUCGAUGUCCUCCGGGACUUCAGUAACAAUGAGGAGGACUUCUUAACGGUAAUGGAGAUGGUGGUCCGAUUGGCAGAAGACUCAGAGCCCACGGUGCGGUCUGAGCUGAUGGAGCAGAUUCCUCCUAUUGCUGUUUUUUUACAAGAAAGCAGAUCGGAUUUUCCCGUGGUGCUCUCUGAAUAUCUCUCCCCGAUUGUAGUGAGGUACCUCACGGAUCCCAACAACCAGGUUAGAAAAUCAAGUCAGGAAGUGCUCUUGACUCUUCUGGAACAAGAUCUAGUUUCCCAGCACGAUAUUGAAAACAAAGUGUGUCCAGUCCUGCUGGCGCUCUCUGCGCCGGACGGUGAUGACGAGUAUAAGGCAGAAGCUGCGAACCUAAUCUGCAAACUGGUUUCCGUGCUGAGUAAGAGCACCGUUGAACGCCUGCUGCUCCCUCGAUUCUGCGAAUUGUGUGGUGACGGGAAGUUCUUUCAAGUUCGGAAGGUGUGUGCUACAAAUUUUGGUGAUAUUUGUCAUGCCGUUGGACAAGAAGCCACUGAGAAAUUUUUGAUACCAAAGUUUUUCGAGCUCUGCUCAGACAGUGUUUGGGGGAUGCGAAAAGCCUGCGCAGAGUGCUUCAUGGCCGUGUCCUACAGCGCGUCCCCCGAGGUCCGCAGAGCCCAGCUGUCACCCCUAUUCAUCAAGCUCAUCAGCGACCCCUGCCGAUGGGUGCGCCAGGCCGCCUUCCAAUCCCUGGGCCCCUUCAUUUCCACCUUCGCGAACCCCUCCAGGGCCGGCCUCUACAUUCGAGAAGAUGGCACCCUAAGCAUCCGACCACCGGCUCAGGAUUUGGACUCUGAUCUCCCCUCUGGAGCCCCCCGUGCAGGCAGUUGUGGCAACACUUUCUCAGCCUGUUCCACGAAGCCGGUGCACACGGAGCCAGACCUGCCCACGGGAGGCACGCCAACGGGAACCGGUGAUUUCCAGCGGGUCAUUAGCUCUGAUGGCCUCAUGGCAGACUCAGUAGAAGACUCUGCCUUGGCUGGAGCCGAGUUGACCAGGCUUUCCCCAGAGACCAGUGCGUCCUUGAAGCUCCCUGCUGGGAGUGACCUCCCCAUCCACAGCCUCCCUGGACCAGGCUCCUCUACCUGCCCAGGGGUUCCUGAGGAUGUAUUCAAUAAUUUCUUUUAUUGGCGAACUCCUCUCCCUGACAUAAGCGAGGACCUAGAGCUGCUUCUGAGUGAGGCUAGGCCCCAGGAGAAGGGCUGUAGCAGGCCCGAGACUGUGCAGCACAGCUGCAUGGCCAGGAGCGAGAUUCAGAAAGUCCUUGAUAGUUUGCAGGAGCAUCUGAUGAAUGAUCCCGAUGUUCAAGCUCAGGUCCAGGUCUUAUCAGCUGCUCUGAGAGCCGCACAGCUUGACUCUGUGGGUGAGCCUGAGCACCAGGGCACCGAAGGUAGGAGCGAGGGGUCCGUCGCAGCUCCCGGCCCUGCGUCUGACAAUCCCACAGCUCUCUCGGCUUCCUCAGUGCGGAAGGAGCCCUCCGAGCCCAGGACGUUACAAAGCACAGACCCCAGCCGACCCUGCGGUGGAGCUGUUGACGGUCUGGAGACGGAGCAGAGGCAUUUCCCCACCCCAAUUAAGGAGAAUAAGUCUAAAUUACAGGACAUAAUACCUCAGCCCCUGCUAGAUCAGUACGUGUCGAUGACCGACCCCGCUCGCGCCCAGACCGUCGAUAUUGACAUAGCCAAACACUGCGCCUACAGCCUCCCAGGGGUGGCGCUCACCCUGGGCAGGCAAAAUUGGCACUGCCUGAGAGAUACAUACGAAACGCUGGCUUCUGAUGUGCAGUGGAAAGUGCGUCGGACCCUGGCCUUCUCCAUCCACGAGCUGGCUGUGAUUCUCGGGGACCAGCUCACGGCUGCUGACCUGGUGCCCGUCUUCAAUGGAUUUUUAAAGGACCUGGAUGAAGUACGAAUAGGAAUUCUUAAACACCUGUAUGAUUUUCUAAAGUUGCUUCAUGAAGACAAGAGGAGAGAAUAUCUUUAUCAGCUUCAAGAAUUUGUAGUGACCGAUAACAGCAGGAAUUGGAGGUUUCGAUAUGAACUAGCAGAACAGCUGAUACUCAUUUUGGAGCUCUAUAAUCCCAAUGACGUUCAUGAUUACUUAAUGCAUAUUGCCUUAAAGUUGUGUGCAGAUAAAGUUUCUGAAGUUCGGUGGAUCUCCUUCAAACUAGUUGUGGCCAUUUUACAGAAGUUUUCCUCCCACAGUGAGAGCGCACUGGGGUUGAGUUUCAUCAGUGAGCUCGUCGUCAGGUUCCGGCACUGCGCGAAGUGGGUGGGAAGGCAAGCUUUCGCUUUCAUUUGUCAGGCGGUGGUGGACGAGGAGUGCAUCCCCGUGGAGCAGUUUGUCGAACACUUGCUCCCCAGCCUCCUAAGCCUUGCCUCCGAUCCGGUGCCGAACGUGAGGGUUCUGCUGGCCAAAGCUCUGCGGCAGACGCUGCUGGGAAAGGCGUACUUGAGAAAUGCCGGUAACCCUCAUCUUCAAGUCGUUGAGGAGACCGUCCUGGCCCUGCAGUCCGACCGGGACCCGGAUGUGUCCUUUUUUGCCACCCUCGAACCCAAGCGUCGGGGCACCGCAGACGCGCCCCUGCUGGAGGAACGGAGUUAACUGCCCUGGGCUCCCGUGCACCCCGGGCCCACCGCACAUGGGCGCAGACCUCUCGGCCCUGCUUGUCAGGGGUCUCACCGUGUCAUACCUUCCGAGGGAGGAAGGAGCUCUGAAACUUUGAGGACAGGCACUCAAAUGACCUCUUUCCCAUGCGCAGCCCCAGGGACUGCCCCGGGGACGGGCACCACCCUCUGCGCCCCUGGCUGCUGACCUGGAAGCCUGCCACCCGGUUGUAGGACCAGGUGGCAGCUGGGCACGGGGGUCCAGAUCGCCUUCUCCAUGACAGACUGACGAUGAUUUAAAGCCCCGUCCUCCCAAAAUAAAGUAGUUUAUUAGAAGCUCUUAAGUCUUUCAGAGACUUGCAUAUUUGGCUUCCCUCAUGCUUUCCUGUAAAAUACAGCUUAUGGUGUUACAUUUUAUUUUUAACAAAUAAUGUACAUAUGUAAAUAACUCUUGACAGGAAGAAAAUAUACUAACAUAAUACCAGCCUCCUGCCAGUGAACAGAACAAAUACAUCAUUUAAAUUUAUGCUCCACUUGGAGUUGCUGCAAAUAGAGCCCAAUUUGUUUACUUUUGAAAAAUGUGAUAGUUAAGGCAAUCUGCUGAAGAGUGAUUUAUGGCAGUCUUUCUAAUAUUGUACUUUUGUGUAAACUGUACUUGGAACUUUUCCUCAGGCACUUAUCCCUCCCCUUCUUGCGGUGACUAUCCGUAAAGAUCCGUACGGGCCUUUGACAGAGGCAGAAAGAAAGAUUUUUCAUUCUUACAUGGAUUUAUUACCCUACGUUUAAGAAUGCGGGAGGGAAAUUGAUCAUUGAGAUGCGGGAUAUUGACUUUACAGCAGAUGCUUUAGGAUCUUUAGCGGAGACUAGGAACCCGCAGUCCCGAUCAGUCCGCACACUUGCCAGGGAUUUGGGGAUUAAAUUAUGGUGCUUCAGAUUUCAUUCUUCUAAAAUUUAGACCAAGAUGCUCUAGAACUUAAACGGUUUUCAUGAAUAACUUGAGAUUCUAUAAACGUUUCAUUAAAUUCUGUAUAAUGUGUA